AUGACCUUGAUCAACUUCUGCGCCCAGGCCACUGCCGGCAACCAGUUCGAGAGCAAGCCUGAUCAACACGAAUUCAUGCACUCUUACUUCUUUUUUCUGCGUCUGAAUGUGAAGUUUUUCACGGCAAUGUUAGAGGUCUACUAUGUCGACCUCGAGAAGCACCUUCAGGAGCAUGCCAAAACUUCAAGUCUUGUCGAUAAGCUUACGGACUUGGCACGUCAUGUCCUGCCUGCUUUGCGUCUCUACAGCACUUGGUUGUUGAGUAAUGCUCAUAUUGUUGCGGCACGCGUUGGCGAUGAACCUUUCCAAACCGCUAUGGAUCAUUUUUGGCAUACUUACACUAAGACAUUGUCUAUCAUGGCAUUCAAUUUCUCGUUCCGCGAGCUCGAAGAAGUUCCAUACCAGCUUGAGGAAGAUGUUGAUGCCUUUGGUCUCAAGCCCUUAAACUCGGACAGAUCGCGCAAAGUCUGGAUGGACGACUCAACCGGACAGACCAAGGCUAAAUACAACGAUGAAGGCAUCAAUCGUCUUGACACUAACCAAGAAAUGCUUGGAAGAGUUCGUGAACUUCUUUUCGAUGCCUUGCUGCUUGCCGUUGACAAGGUUUGUACCCACAAUUGUGACAUUUCUUUCGUCCUAGGCUAA